AACAACCCAUGCUCAAAACAAAACCAACAACAACAGCAUUUUCGUCUUCCAUUUUCACUCUUUUUUUUCUUUGUCACCACCAUAAGAACUAGUGGUUCUUCAUGGCCACCGUUACUACACAAGCUUCCGCCGCGGUUUUCCGGCCAUGUGGUUUGAAAUCGAGGUUUCUUGGUGGUUCUUCAGGGAAGUUGAACAGAGAAGUGGCUUUUAGGCCAGUUGGAUGUUCACCUUCUGGUUCUUUUAAAGUUGAAGCUAAGAAAGGAGAGUGGUUGCCAGGUUUGGCCUCACCAGGUUACCUCACUGGAAGUCUUCCCGGAGACAACGGAUUUGAUCCAUUGGGACUCGCGGAGGAUCCAGAGAACUUGAGGUGGUUUGUUCAAGCCGAGCUAGUGAACGGGCGUUGGGCAAUGUUGGGUGUUGCAGGGAUGUUACUCCCUGAGGUAUUCACAAGCAUUGGAAUCAUCAAUGUUCCAAAAUGGUACGAUGCAGGGAAAGAAGAAUACUUCGCUUCAUCUUCAACACUCUUCGUGAUCGAGUUCAUUUUGUUCCACUAUGUUGAGAUUAGAAGAUGGCAAGACAUCAAGAACCCUGGCAGUGUUAACCAAGAUCCUAUCUUUAAGCAAUACAGCUUGCCAAAAGGCGAGGUCGGUUACCCUGGUGGGAUCUUUAACCCUUUGAACUUUGCACCAACUUUGGAGGCUAAAGAGAAGGAAAUUGCAAAUGGACGAUUGGCGAUGUUGGCGUUCUUGGGAUUUAUAAUUCAGCACAAUGUGACAGGAAAAGGACCAUUUGACAACCUUGUGCAGCACAUUUCUGAUCCAUGGCACAACACCAUUGUUCAAACAUUAGGUGGAAACUAAAAUGUUUGUAUUAUUAUCCAAUGACAUGAAAGCCUAUGUUCUUCUCAUGUAAAUCCUGAAUGGAUGAAUUUUGAAAGACAUUUGGGCAUGAUUGUUAAGUACCUUAAUCUAUUUUCAUGUACAGAAGAACUGAGAUGGUUUUAUAUUGUUCUUUAUAUUCUCGAGCCUUUUGACCAAA